AUGGCGCCUAAAGGGCUCGCGAUCCUCAUCGGUGCAGGACCAACAUCCGGUGCUGGGAUUGCCCGUAUGCUAGCAAGUCCUCAACACGGCAAUCUCGCUGUCGCACUACUCGCGAGGAACCCAGACAAUCUUGAGACGCUCGCAUCUGACUUGCGACAAUCAUCGAACGGCAUCCUUCAUCCUUUCCCAACAGACACGCAGCCAGACAAUCUCCGACGGACGUUCCAGCUGAUUACUCAGCACCCUGACUUCCAGGGCCUGAAGUUGAAGCUAGCCAUCUACCAUGUCAAGAACUCUAGCAGGAAGCCAUUUCUGGAAGAGACCCCAGAGGCCUUCAAUGACAGCAUGGCUGCAUACACAACUGGUGGCGUCGUGUUUGCGCAGGAGGCCAUGAAGCUCAUGUACUCGCAGAACGGAGGACAGACUCUUCUCGCGGAUACCGGCGGCGCUAAGAAGGGCACUAUCAUCUUCACUGGAACUCUGGGUGCCAUGCGCACGAAUCAACAAUACGCCGCGUACGGCGCCUCGCGAGCGGCGGCGAGGAUGGUAGCGCAGGCAGUCGCAAAGGAGCAUAGCAAGUUCGGCGUCCACGUUGUCCAUGCUAUUGCUAACGGUGGCAUCAUCGACGAGGUAAACGAGGAUACCAAGACUGGUAGGAAGAUGCGAGCAGAAGACGUCGGUCAACUGUAUCUGUGGCUUGCGCAGCAGCCUACUUCUUUAUGGACUCACGAGUUGGACAUGAGACCAGCGCAAGAGUCGUUCUAAACUGUUUCGUGA